GGGCUGCGGGAGCCGAGCCCAGGUGGAGUAACGCGGCUCCGGCAUCUCCUCCCGGGCCGCCGCCACGGGGCCCCGGCCGGUGUUUCCCGCCGCCCCCGCCGCGGGGCUGCGGUGCCGAGGGGUGCGACGGGUGCGGGCUGAGGCGCCCUCCGCGCUCCUCAGGGCUGGGGCGCGUUCCGGGGUCCCUCACGGGCGCGGGAGCGGCUCCUGUGCCCCGCCGGGCUGUGCCGGGUCGGGCAGUGCCCCGUGUGGCGCCCGGGGUCGCUGGAGCGGUGGUCUCUGCUUGGAGUCACUCGGGUUGUGUUUCUCUGCUUGUCAAGCGACACACCCACAAUAAACUGCCUGCUAGAAGUAAUAAACCCAACGCGCGGUGGACUUUAAAAGAGGCUGUAAGUGAGUUUGGUGUUUUGGGAGAAGGCUGCUUGUGUGAGGGAGGACAUGCUGUCUGCUUGCGCUGUUUAUAAAUUUUUUCCCCCACCUUUCUGACAGUCCUUCGCGGCCUCUGGGGAGCAGCUGGGGUUUCCCUGGGUGCUGACUCGGUCUUGGUGACUCCGCUUGUUGGAGCGGGCGGGUGUUGGGUGUUUGCUGUUUCGUGAGACUCUGAAACCUCAUCUAUUUCUUAAACAAACUUCACAGACCUAGCGUUGUUUGUCAGCGAAAUUGACGCAGGUGCAUUUUCCGGUUAUUGGCGUUGUCUACAAAAAACUGACUUGAGAAACCUUUUAAGUGUGAGUCCUCAGAUGUUCUCUGUAUUCUUAACAGCAUCUGUCUCCUCUCUUCCAUGAUAGAGAUAAUCCUAAAUCUCAAACCUGGUACAAGUUGACAAAGCUACUUGUAACUCCUUUAUUGGGCAGUAUCACUGUGCCCUAAUUUCCUCCCUGAUAUGUUUUACUGGAAUUCAUGCCCUUGUGAAUUUGUGCCACUGUGAAUGGUUGUAGAGAAAUGCCCUCAGCGGGAGCUUUUUCAGGCAGUGAAUUUUGAUUGCUGUAAGCUAUGCAGUUAUCCAAAGUCUUCUUAUAAAACCUCUGCGACACCUUGCAGAAAACCCAAAAGAGAUGAUGGUGAAGCAUUCGACUGGAUGUAUUUUCUGUUAAGUAUAACCAACACCCUGCCUACAGUGCUCACGAUGGUUAUCAUGUUUGCCUGUGGUAGCAGUUUCUGUGGCUGCUUGCUGUCUUUGUAGAGGUGAACCUGGGACAACAAUGGCCACAGAUUUCUCUUUUUUUUUGAGAAAAGUGCUUCCCAAAUGGCAGCACGGUGAAGGAAAUAGACCUGUGGCAUUUAAACUACACUAACCCUGGAAUGCUGGACUCGGGAAGCAGCCUGUAAAGUGGUGAGGGUGGAGUUGUGUUAAGGCUAAAGCCGAGGCACAGAGAACUGCCUGUGUGCUUUGAGGAUGCAGCUUUUGUUCCCACUGUGCACUAACGUUAAACUUCCACAUUUCUCCUUCAGCCACCUGUUAAAUGUGUGAUACACUGGCGUUACAGUGGGAAUUUUUGUGGUGCUCACUUAAUGUUUAUGAAGCGAUACGUGUUAUUUACAUGUUAAUGACAAAAUAUCCGUAUAUCGAUGUACACAUAAAUAUUCAGGAUUUAACUCUCCUCUUUGGGGAAUUGGUCAGCAAUAUUUAUACAGCUGUAAGAUCUAUUAACUGUGCAUGAACUUGUGCACCUCUGUAGAAGCAUAUUUCUUUACGACAAAAAAUAAUAAUUUUUGUUUGUGGUUGCACACAAGCACUUAGCUUAAUGAAACCUGGGUGGUUAAACCCUGAAGUUGAUUUUCCAAGUGAUGUGUGUGUAGUGGUUUGCCUGGGUUACAACAGUGAUUAGACAAAAUCAUGGGGCAAAAUUGUACCACGGGGAUUAUUUUAAACAUAAAUAUAAAGUUUCAGGUAUUUCUGGGCUGCUUAUGAAAGGAAGCUGGGUAAAUAUCACUGUGUAUUUACCUUACUGCUGUAUGUUUUUCCCCUGAGCUUUGUUAUUAACUGUUGUUAGAUCCAGGAUGCUGGGCUGCUGGGGUCAUUGGUCUAUCCCCACAGAGCUGUCCUUGUGCUCUCUUGUUGGCUUCCAGCAUGCUCAGAGUACGUGUUAUCAGUAUCUCUGGAACAAACUCAGUUUAUCUCAAGGAACUAAAUGUGCUGCUUUUGCAAAACUGCCAUCCCUUCUUUACAUCUUUGAACUGAGAGGAAAUGGUUGAGUGAUGAUGAAAUCUAGUUUUCUGGUUGUUUUUUUUUUUUCCAUUUGCUGCUAAGAUGCUUCAGACGUUUUAACUGAAACAUCAUAUAAUUGUUCUCAGAUCCAAAGCUCAAAAAUAUUUGGUAAACAUGGGGUGACUUCAUUUGGAACUUGGUCUGGAGUGUCAUCACUUGAAAAUUGAAUGGAAAAAUAAAUCUGCUUUAGAUUAAAGUAUUAAUAUAUUGAGCAUAUGAGCUGCUUAACUUCUCAAUGUUGUUUGUAUCAGCAGGAUGCUUUAUUCAGCUUCAAAAGCCAAGGAGAUGUGGAUUUACUUUGCCUUUGUGUCCUUUAUACCUUUGCAAAGCAGAAUAAAUCUGUGCUUUAAGAGUUGUACGGUUCUUUUGAAGUUGCUCUCUAGCCUGUUAGAGUCUCCUUGCAAAAGCUGUAAACAGUUGAAAUACCACAGCCAAGAAGGUCCAUCUUGAGGAAUUUGCUUGCGUGGUGUGGUGAAGAAGAUACAGCUGGUAGGAGUCAUGUGCUAAUAUAAUGCAGCCUGUCUUUAAAAUAAAAUACUGAAGGGAAAAAAUCGUGACCACCCUUCCCCCUCCUUCACCCCAAACUACAGGAGUUAAGUUUUCUUCUAUUCAGCUGGGUAUGUUGUGUGUGUAGUCUUAUAUAUGUAAACUCUUGUUAGCUAGGGGCCAAGUUAAUUGUAGUUUUGUCCUGCUGCUUGUGAAUUGGGAUUGGUUUGGGAUUGGUUGCUGCUUUAAAGGGUGUGCUGUGUGCAGGAGAGCAUUGUGGCCAUUCGCUGUCCAAUAUUAUCUGUCUGUUUGAAGGUUUGUAACGGGCAGCUGAGUGUCUUGAAGCUUCCUUUGGGAAAGGAGGUAAAUCUCUGGAGUGCUGGGAACUCUGUCUUUUUGUCUUUCACCACAUGAUGAAUUCCAAAUUUUGUUUUACUUAUCUGGUGUUUUUUUCUGCCCAAAACAUACCACUGUAGACUAACAACAGUAAUUUUAUUUCAUUUAUAUGCUGUCUUAUAAGCCUUUAAAACAAAUUGAUUUACUUCAAGAUGUCUGCAUGACAGAGUUACAUAAUGCAAAUUCUGUCUGGUGAUUAUGGAAGAAGGUGACUAAUAUAUUUAUAAAGCACUGCUGGCAUGUGCUUAAAUAUCAAGUGUUCUCUGGAUGUGUGUGGUUGUUAGUUCAGUGCUUUUGGACACAUUCAGAUGAAAAUCGUGGGAGGGUGUAUGUGUGUUUUGUAUCUGUGUAUGCAAUGACAAAUCAAGCAAAUUGUCUCAUAUAAAAGGCUAAGCUGUACUCCUGGAGCAGCACACUGGAAUUUUCCUGCAGUGAGUAAUAAUGUGAUAAGGAGGCAAGGAUUUCUUGAGAACUCUGCUGUUAUCUAGUGCAACAGCCCUAGAACUUGUAACACUAAAUUUGUAAGACCUGAAGACAACACCUGUGGCAAUCUCCUGGCAGAAGGCUAAAAUGAACUUUUAUAACCUUCUCAGGUCACCUUGUAAUGGAAGAGAGCAGAGCUGACCAUGAGAUUGCUAUGGAAGGAUCUGACGAUUUGUUCCUAGGCAGCUGUAAUGGUGCAGGAGAGUCAGAAACAAAUGAUCAGAUUUUUCAGGUGAGAAGUUGCUGCUCAAAGUACAUUUUACUGGUUUUCCUCUGUGAAAGCAACUAACGUGCAUGGAUUCCAGGGAUCUAUUGUUUGGCCAGAGCGAGUCUCCCCCAGCCCUGCCCAUCGCAGUCCCCCUCUCGGGCAGUCCUCCGGCAUCGGCGCGGCCGCCCCAGCCACGGUCCCACUCUGCCGAGGAAUUCCACCUGGCAGAGCAGCCCAGGCAGCCCCUGUGUGAGCUGCAGCCCCUGGGAGGGCCCAGUGCACCCAUGAUGAUUGUUGCCAGCCAGUCAGAAAAUGGACAGGUGCUGCAUGUCAUUCCUUCUGCCCAGCCAGGAGUGACUCAAGUGAUUAUUCCUCCAGGUCAGCUUCUGGAUGUGACCAGCACGCAGGAUAUUUCAGAAGAGAAGUGUGGUGAUGGGAACCUGCAGACUGUGGUGGUGGCUUCCAUAGCAGACAGUGCAAGCAGUUACAUUCUACAUCCACAGGCAUCUCUCACUGUAUCGAAAAAAACAAACACCAGGGUAGUGGAAGAUUCUUUUCCCAUCCCUCUUCAGCCAUUGCCACUAAAUACGCCUGCAUGGGCGCGCCGUCUCAGGAACUGUGAGAGAAUUGGGGACUCGUACCGCGGCUAUUGUGUGAGCGAGGCAGAGUUAGAGAGCGUUCUCACGCUCCACAAGCAGCAGACACAGAGUGUGUGGGGCACGCGCCAGUCUCCAAGCCCAGCCAAACCCGCCACACGGUUGAUGUGGAAAUCUCAGUAUGUCCCAUAUGAUGGGAUCCCCUUUGUCAAUGCAGGAAGCAGAGCCAUUGUAAUGGAGUGCCAAUACGGGCCAAGGAGGAAAGGAUUUCAGCCCAAAAAAGCUGGCGAGCAGGAAAGCACCUCUAGCCAGCUGUACAAAGCCACUUGUCCAGCAAGGAUCUAUAUUAAAAAGGUUCAAAAGUUUCCGGAAUACAGGGUUCCUACUGACCCUAAAAUUGACAAGAAAAUCAUAAGAAUGGAGCAGGAGAAAGCAUUCAACAUGCUGAAGAAGAACUUGAUAGAUGCUGGUGGUGUUCUCAGGUGGUAUGUACAGUUACCUACUCAGCAAGCCCACCAAUAUCAUGAAAUGGAAACUUCCUGCCUCCCUCCUUCACCAUCCCAUCUUUCUAUGUCUUCUCCUGAGGAGGAGGAGGAAGUCAUUAGAGAUGAGAACAGUACUCUGCCUUCUCGACUUCAUCCUCAAGUGGCAGACAAGAUCCGAGAGCUGGUGUCUCAGGGAGUAGAGCAGGUCUAUGCAGUGAGGAAGCAACUAAGAAAGUAUGUGGAAAGAGAAUUGUUCACACCUGAUGAAGUGCCAGAAAGACAUAACCUGUCCUUCUUCCCCACUGUGAAUGACAUCAAGAACCACAUUCAUGAGGUGCAGAAGUCUCUAAGGAAUGGAGAGAUGAUGUAUAAUUCAGAAAGUAUCCCAGCAACGCUGCAAUGGACCACAGACAGUGGGAAUGUCCUCACAGAAACAGUGACUGUUGCGUUUGCCUCACCACCUUCAGAUGGGAGCUCAGGAGUGGAGUCAGUCAUCACCAAAGCAGAAUCCAACCAGAGCGGGGAGUCCUUGAUACCAGAAACAGCUCAGCUGUUGUCUUCACUCUCUUCACUUCAGCCCAAGAUAUUUGCACAGCUUCAGGGAUUACAGCUGCAGUCAGCAUUUACCUCGACAAACGGAUCAACAGCCCUGCUAGCUGUAAAUAACCAUUCCCCUCCCAGCCCUGCAGGUCUCCUGGAUUCCCUGGGGGGUGCAGUAGGAAGCCAUUCUCUAUCUCCGAGUCAGGGGCACAGUCUGCAAGCAGGUGCUGGCCUAACACAGGACAGUGCUGCUGCGCCUGCUUUUGGGGCUCUGCCUGGCUCUGAUCAGAGUCUGGUUGCCAUGGGCCAGCUGGUACCAGCUGAAGGGGUGGAUGACUCCAGAAGCCUGGAAGGAGGAGUGCAGCAGAUUCUCUUGGGAGAUGUGCAGACUAUUCCAGUACGGAUUGUGGACAGCCAGUCAGCACUUACUGAAGAAAAUACAGAGAGUGUUGUUACUUGUGUGAGCCAAGUUAAACAAGAACCAAGAGAAAAAGCAUUGUCUAUGGAAACAGAUAAAAUCAGAGACUGCCACAGUUCCUCACCAUAGUUCUUCGCCUUCACCUGUGAAGCCUGGAAGGAUUUUUCAAAUUGGAGAACUCUAAAUGUCUUGGAAGGAAAGGCAGGUGCUGCCAUUCUUUUUUAAUUGUGUAUGACAUUCAGACUAAGCAUAUGUUAGAGUACUUCUGACAGAAAGCUGUUUUGGUUUGUCUGAUGUGGCUCACUGCCAACUCGAGGUCAUUCAGUUGCCCCAUGGAGCACCACCUCUCUCUUCUGUUUCAAGUUUUGAGUAAUUUGGAUUCUAUCCAAAUGGCCCAUUUUGUUCAUUGUUUCUGAAGGUCUUCCACAAUUUAAUUCCUUAGCUUUAGAAUGUGGCUCACAAUGCUGGGUUCACAUUUUCUGCUUGAGACCCUUGACUUUUAUUGUACUACAGAGACCAUAGAAUCUGUCAGCUCCAAGAUCACAGAAUCCAACAGCAAAAACAAUGGUUUUGUGACAAAAGGAAGGUCCAGGAUGCUAAACUUCAAAGUGAUAAAGGACAUGGAUGCUUAAGAAAAUGCAACUUUGACCUGAUCAUAAUGUUAAUGGUAUGAAGAUCAAGGAGAGGAGAAAGGUGAGGUUUCCAGGUGAACGUAAGGUUGUAUGAAAAAGUGUGUGAAUCGUAACGGUGAAUGUUUUUGACUUGACGUCUUUGGACUGAAGUUCUGCCUUUAUAAUGAGGUUCAGUGAUGCAUGCAGCCUUCCUUUGCAGCGGUACUGUAACUGCAGUUGGUCGUAACAACUACAUGUAGGAGUCUUUCUCAUGGAAAAUGACUGAUGCUGCCAUUUCAGCUUAUCUACCUCUUGCUGUGUGCACUUAAAGCUAUCAGUUCAGACAAAUGUGAUUUAACCUGUUGUUGUUUGGUACGUGGGGCUUGCGGAUGCAUUCCUAACAAAGAGAAGCCCAAGAAAACAAAGGAAGUAAUCAAAGCAGUAUGUCCAAGUAUGCUGUCACCACAACAUUCAGAAAAUAAACUUAUCUUUUUCAAAAGUGACAUAUGCUAAGACUUAUGUGCUCCAUACAAUUAAAAUAAUUACCAGGAAUCUUUAGAAAAUUGAAUGUGAUAAAAAUUAAAUUUUAGUAAUAUUUGAGUUAAAGCCAUAGUAAGUUACAAGCACUGAGCUGUGUAAUGUGUGACAGACAUUUCCUUUAGAAAGAAAUCACACCUACAGUUAACUUGGAAUCAAUUUAAAGCUGUAAAUGAAGUCAAACUGAUAACAACAUAGACAUCAAGUUAAGCAAUUGCAUUGUUUGCUUCAGGUGUUGAAUUCCUACAGCAACAUUCAGAGUAGUUUCUAUGCAGCAAUAGGAGCCUUUAUGUUAUUAGUUCCUGCUAAGUAGUUGAGAGUUUGAUCAUAAAAUAGGGGUUUUUGUCUGCAUGCUGUGGAAGAAUUCAGUGUGAGAACUUCUCUCUUUUUCAGACUUGAAAACAAACAAACAAAGAACCCCAGGAAAAUUACUAGUUUAUUUAUGUAGAGAAGAAAGUGUUGUGAAUAUUAUAUGAACCAAAAUAUUAACAUUUUAAUGUUGUUACUUUACCUUACAUUCAAGCAUUUACAAACAUCUUCUAAACAGUGGCCAUUUAAAAUUAUUUUUUCAUUUUCUUUUGAGUAUUUAAAGCUAAAAUUUUCAAAAGCCUUACAUUGAACUUGAAUUCCAAAUGCCUUUAUGUGCACAAUCUGUUAGGUGCUAUAUCUCAGUCUUAACAUAUAUUAACGUCUCUAAUUAUAAACAUUAUUUGUUUAAAGCUAAUGUUUAUGGGUUAGCUCCCAUUAGAAUUUUCCAACAGGAUUAUGCUCUUAUUAAAUAAGAGCCAGUAUUUUAUCAUGCAAGUGCAUUAAAAAAAAUCUCCUUUUUUUUUUUUUGGAGCCUCUAAUAUUUAGUAUCUACACUGACUUGUUUUAUGGUAUGCUUUACUUGUUCCUGGGUAGGAAAAAUCCUACAAGAUUCACCUGUGGCAUUUAUUUAUUUGGUUGGGGUUUUUAACCUUGCUUUAUUUGUUUGUUGGUUGUUUUUUUGGUAGGUUAUUUUGCUAAUUGUCAAAAUAUCUCCCAGAUGGAUGUUGUCUGCUGCAGUGUUAGUUCUGGAGAACUCAGUCAGCAGUUUGCUUCUCUUUUCCAGCUCAAAAACUGCAUACCAGAAUGGGGACCUCCUUCCAUGCUGCUGUGUUCAAUAAUUCCAUCAUGGCCAGCUUUUCUUUAAGUUUAAACUAUUGCAUUCCAACCUAUAUUCUCUUUCCCAUAUUGCUCUUUUUUGAGAAUUUUUCCUCACUGUUGAGAAUCCUUCUUUUCAAAAGAAUAAAUUACAGCUAAAGAUUACCAGCAAGAGGUUAUUUCAGUUUUAGUUCUCUUCAAUGCAGACACUACAUUUGUGAUUGGAGUAAAAGCUUAAGGAAAGUCAAGUUAUGUUUCCAUCAGUUCUUUCUUAGUUCCCUCAUUAACAGUUCUGUUUUUAACAUGGUUCUUUCCACCAUGAGCUACAGUCUCAUCCUGUGCUGCACGGUAUUUCUGGUGGUAUUUCUGGUUUUGACCUAGUGCUCACAGCUGGAGAAAAAACAGUCUUUUAGUCCAUCUUGAAUUGCAGGUUUUGAAAUGAAUUUUGUAUUCUCUCCUGAUUUGCAUGGUACUCUGAAAACAAUAGAAGAAAAAGUUGGAAAAGUUUUAAAGAAGCAAUAAAGAAUUAGUUGUGUUUAAAAGCUGGGGAUUAGACUUGCAAUUCUGUUAUUAUUCUGUUUAUUGGAAAAUUUAUUUUAAAUGAUUCUUGAGUCAAUACUCACAUUUUUGUCUUCAGUUUUCUUCAUUUUCACAGAAUUUCAGUUCUUUGUCCUCCAGAUACAUGUUUCAGUUUAUUACUGUGUCAUUUAUUUUAAUUUAAUCAUUCUUUUUCAAAGUGUGUUUUACAUUUGUUUUGUGCAUGUUGCUGAAGGAGGAACAUGAACUCACCCCCAUGUCCAGUCUCUAUAUCUGAUUUAAUGCCUUUGUUCACUGAUAUCCACCUACAUUUUACAGAGAAGACUGUUAUGUAUCUGAAAAAAAAUCAGAAGUAAAUGCUGCCGUGUUCAAUGGUUAAAGUAAUUUAAAUACAGUACUCAAGGCUGAUUUUUCAGAGUGAUCUAUGUAGCUUGAUGCAAAGUACUUGGUUAUUAGGUUGUGUUGGAAUUGCAGAUGUUUACUUGGUUUUCUUGUGGUUGUUGUGUGCAAGCACUUAUUUUGCAAACCUAGAAUUCCUGAUCUUCAACAGUACUGUAAAUGAACACCUAAUUCUCCAGUUAUCCUUGUUGGUUGUCUGUAAGAGUGAUUGGUUGCUCUACAAGAAGAGAUGUGUUUCUGUAUGUGCAUGCAAAGAUAACCUUUUGGUAAAAUGUGGAGAAGGUGUAAAAAGGUACCCAUCUAUAGCUCUCGUUCAAGGCUGGAGGCCUCUUGGAUGGAAACCAGUGCUGGUAAUGAGUUAAUGAGUGCUUUUUGUGGUACAAUAUUAUUGCAGUUUCCACAAAAUUUAGAGACACAAAUGUCUGUGUAUGUAUGUGUAUGUAUAUUUUUUUCUAUAGUAACUUAAUGUAUAAUAUUCCUAUUCAAAUGUAAACUACUUGUUCUUUUAAAGUACUGGUCUAUUUUGUGGCUAUGGGGGCUCAUGGGGAGAAAUGCAAGAGCUCUUUCAGGGCAGUGGAUUUUAGAGAUGAUGGAGAACAAGCAAGACAGCUUCAGGGAGACCAGGUGGAAGAAGUUCCUGAAAAGCAACGAUUUUGCUGGGAGGACUGAUGGGGGCUGUGCCUGGGGGGUUUUGGAGUUGAAAGCCCAAAGGCUCAACUCAGUUCCUGAGUCUGUCCAUAGUCCUCUCUAUGCCAGUAGUGGAUAGUGUGAGUUCAUGGUAGGAAUUUAAAGGUACGAAGAGAAGGGAAGCCUUCCUUGCCCUUAAAAACAGAAAAGCUGCUUGAGUUUUGGUGAGCACUAGAGGCAGAUAAAUGACUCCCCAUAGUGUGAGGUGCCCAUUCUUAGCUUCUCAUAUGAAGAAGAAAUGCCUCUUGGAGCUUCAGCCCAGAGCUGUAGACUCUUUUUCUUUGCCUAUUACCAAGGAAAACAAACCUUUUCUUUCCAACUGAAUUAACCUGCUGCUUUUCUCAUCCCACUGACUGCAGCUCAGCAUCUGCCCAAAUGUCUUUUUCUUCACACUAAUUAAGGUUUCCACAAGAAACCCCAUGCCCUCAGGCCCUCCAAUUCUCAGUGUUUCACUGUUGGACUGUUGAAGGAGCUGCUGAGUUCGCCGCACAGGUCAGAAGCUAUCCGGCUGGCCUAUCCAACAACAGCAGCUAAGAAGUUCUGCAAGCCUUCGAGGAACAUGGAGAGCGUGAAGGUGUAUAAGAUCUUAUGAGAGGACCUGCAGGAAUGAAACAGAGGAGAUUAAAGUUUGAUGACAUGACUUCUAUGUAAUGCACUUUCUUUGGUGGGAGGAAGAGGAUUUUCCAAUCGAGAAUAAAAAACAUGAAGCAUUUCAAACUACUCCUCAAAACCACCAUGCUCAGAGCCAGAAACUUUUCUUCCUCUCUAGGAUCACUUACCUCUGAGAGUACUCCAGAUAACUGUCAAGAGACCAGAGCAGAGAACAGAAGAGGAAGACAAGUUUGCAAAAAAACUGCUUGCAGGAGAUAGAAAGCUCUCAAAGUUACAGCUGAAGAUUGCAAUUUCUUGUGGUUGAAAUGGCUCACUUUAGAUGUGUGCUGGUUAUCUUCUGAAUGCAAACUGGUCCGAUAACUCCAUGGUUUUGGCUGUUGACAAAGCUGUUAUCACAUCUGAGGUGUUCUGUACCUGGAAGGAGAUGGAGGAAGUGGGAACCUUCAUGACCAAGUCAGGUCAACUGAGAACAGAUGAUCUGUGGAACGAGGGCUUUACCGGUUUAAAAUCAAUAUCCUCACAAUAAUUUCUUGGUUGUACAGGUUUUUCAUGUCAGGUGCUAGUGCAUCUCUAACUCUGCACAUAAUACAAGCCAUAAAAUUACCUCUCACUGGCCUAGCCGUAUUUUUUAUUGUCUCCUACCACUGUACUCAUUGCUUUCUGGGAGUGGGGAAAUCAUUUCAACUUGUUCUGAUUUUCCACUUUUCUGCCUUUCUCCUAUUGCCUCUUUCUCGUACCCAGAGCAGCACAGAAAAAAAUUUCUCAUUUAAAAAAAUUUCUCUAUCAUCAAUUUCCCAUGUUUUGGGGUUUCCUUUUUGCUUUAUUGUGCUGGAGUUUGAUUUCUUACAUGAUUGAAAUGUAAGAUAUCAUUGCUUUUUUCUUAAGGAGUGGGAAAUACUGGGGUGAACUCCAAUGCCCCCUUCACUCCAGGUGUCCUCAGAGGAAACACCUGCUACAGGUUCUGCUCCUGCACCUGCAUCUCCACACAGGUCAGCACAAAAGCAGAGCUGUGCUGAUGACAGCAGUGCCUUGCAGUUUGUGCACCAGCACCAUAUCAGUACAAAGUUAUUGCUGUGAAUCCAGAUCAGUCUGUGGGUCUGCCCCACUGUGUCCCCACAAAUGACUCUCUGGGCACAACUUGAAAGAGAGCACAGGAGAUGGCCAGGAAGCUCUUAAUGUUCGACUUUGAGUUUGUGCUUCUCUAUUGAGUUCAGGUGCCCUGGUGUGGGUGGCCCUGUGCAGGACACAGCUGGUUCCAGGCAGCUCUGCAAUGGACCCACCACAGGACACUGCUGAGCAUAUCAGUGAAGCUGGAGCACCUCUGUGGAUGUGUCUGUAAGAAGGGGAAAAUGCUCCAUGGCAGAGAAGAGUGUGGAAGAAGGGGAAACAGUCCUCUCAGCACCAAGGUCAGAGAAGAAGGAGAGGGAGGAAUUGGUUCAGGUGCCAGAGCAGGUGUUUUCCCUGCAGACCACAGAGGAUUACAUGCCAGAGCAGGUGCAGAUUUUUCUGAAGGAGCUGCAGUCCAUGGAGAGGAGCCAUGCCAGAACAGGCUUCUGCGGAAUGACUGCAACCUGUGGAGAGGACUAUGAUGGAGCAACAGAAAGAAGCUGUUACAGACUGACUGCAAUGCCCAUAUUCCACUUUGCCUUGUGCUGCCUUGGACAAGGGGACACAGAGAAGCUGGGGGUUCAAGGUGUGAAGUUGACUCUGAGGAAAGAGGGCAACAGGAAGGGAAUGUGCUGUUUUAACUUGCUUUUGUUUCUCUAAUCAAUUUGAAUUGGCAAUAAAUUAAAUUAGCUUUCUUCAUAUUGAUUCAAAUAUUGAAAUUUACAUCUGGAUGCAAGUCAUGGUGGAAAAUCCUGAUGUCUGUUUUAUCACUGCAAGUCACUAUUGCCUUUAAUUUUUUAAGUAAUCAGAUUUUUAUUUUUAAGAAUUCAUUUUGCAUGAAGGAAGUAGUGCACCUUGUCUGAAUCAGGAAUUGCAUUUCUGGAUGUGUUCUGGUUAGGCCUUUCAAGUUCAGCAUACUCACUUCAGUACAGUAGAUCUCAGGUGGAGUAUUAACUCAGGAACACGUCUAAUCCCUUACAUUUCAGCUGGAAAAGAAUACCAGCCAUAUUUUCACAGGUUGGAGCAUGGGAGAGUCAUUCUGAGGAGAGGAUGCUGCAGCAGUAGAUUCUACUACAUCUGCUUCAGUUAGCUGUUCUUACAGGUGCUGAGGGUGUGCCAUCUUCCCAGUGUUAUGUCUAGCAGUGCUUCAGAAUGGGGCAAAGUUUGUGGUGAGUGGCAUCUUUGGUAAAAGUGCUGUUAACUUCGGGAAAAGAAAUAAGUAGAGUUUGGGAAUGAGAUUUAUAUUCUUGUGCUUUCCAGAGAAUAUUUUCCUGAAUAAGAAGGGAACUUCCUUUAGAGGGUAAGUUUUAUAUGUAUGUUCUUACACCACCUUUGGAAAAUACCUGGCACUGGACACCAAGGGUAUCUAGACAGGGUGCUAGGUGACGUGACACAUUACUGGUUUAUAGUGGGGGCCCUGGAAUAUAAAAUUGAUGGAUGGCUUCCUAACAUUAGCUAAAUAAGUAUUUUCAUCCUCUCUCUUCACAUUUCACUAUAAAAGGAAGAGUCUCUGUUAAAGGGAACAUGGUGAAUUGUUAGUUGUCCAUAAAACUGUUUAUGAACAGUUGAAUGAAAAGGACUUCUUUGAUAAUGAAUUAGAUGAGCUUUGGAAAGAAUUGUACUGUCAUUGUAACUUCAAGUAUUUUCUUCCAAUUGCAUCACUCACUAUUGAUUAUUGUCUUACUGUUUAUUUGCUGUAUAAUUUAUUUGUUAAGCUUUCCUGGCCAUUUCAGGGCCACAGAAGUAACACAUAUGGCAAUUCUCUUUUCUUUUUAAGUUUUAUAAAAGGGAAAGGAAUUCUUCAUUUUUCAUUUAGCCACCAGCUGCUCUGGAAAAGUCCAUGAUUAUCCGUGUUCCAUAGCUACCAAAAAAUAUUUUGUGCUGAAGUAUUCCAUAAACUUGAGAUUUUUCCUUGGAUCAGGCAAAGUGAAUUUGACAUCUUAAAAAAAAAAAAAAGGCAGACUACACUGGAACCAAAUCUAGCAUUUUCAGGAGCUGUGACUUAGGG